GUUGUGGGGAACAAAUGCACAUGUCCUAAAUAUUAAGAAAGACAUGUCAGCUGAGUCCCUCUUGAAAUCUACACCUAUGCAGUCACAUAUUUCUUACUAUCUUUCUUUUGCACUUAAAUGUUUUAUAUAUGGAUGGAAAAAUCCAGUCCCACAAAGGGCCUAAUAACAUUACAUCACCUGAAGUUCACAUUUAUCAUCCACCUAUGUUAAAUAUAUACGUGAUGUAACAAACAUGCUUCAUGGUCAGGUGAAAAGCAAACACGUGUCUUCCAUCCAUUCUCCCAUCCCUUUCUCUUAUAAAACUCUUUAAACAGGAUACUGACAAGCUGUCAUCUAACUGGUGAUAGAUGUGUACAUGCAUAGAGAAAAUUUUGCCAUGUGAUCAGUCGGUUGGUGACUUGGCAUCCGUGGAGGCAGCGUGACACCUUCUCUCUGAUUGGCUUUCUCUGCAUCACCAAGACAAAUAAAAGGCAAUCAAUCCAGAUGCCAUUUAUCCAGAUUCCCCGGUCGCCUGAUUCAGGUUUAACAAUGAAAGGGGUGAUCUACUGUCUGGUGGGUCUACUAAUGGGUGGACUCUGCUCUGCUUCACCAGCAGGAACAGAGUUUGCCACAUCUUUCAUGCAAAACCUCGGGAAUAAUGGUAAGGAUACUCGUUUCUUGGUUGAGGUUGCAGCCAUGCCCUCUUCCAAAGGCAGUACCAAGGUCAAGGUGUCUGCUGUGGGCGAGGUCUAUGAGAAAGAAAUCAAUCUUGGUAAGAGCGUCUCCUUCAAGCUACCCGACAGUGUAGAGAUGAAAGGCAGUAGAAAGUCCCAUCAAGCUGUGUUGAUCGAGGCAAGCCAAGAUGUUACUGUGAUGUCUCUCAACUUUAAGCAAUUCACUGCAGACACCUCUGUGAUUUACCCAGUGAAGGACUGGGGGACUGACUACUACAUAUUCACUCCUUCCAGCACUCAGACAGAUUCCUUUAAAGAAUUUUCUAUCACCAACCACAAGGAGCCAAACUCUGUCGAGAUUCACCUGCAGGGCUCUGUCAGGUUCCAAGGCAGAUAUUACAGGAGAGGAAGCAUGAUGACUCUUAAGCUAGAUGCGUUUGAGACUGUUCAGAUUCAGAGUCUGGAUAACCUGAGAGGUACACAUGUACUUUCACGCCUUCCUGUUGCCGUCUCCUCGGGACACAGCUGUGUUCAGAAGUUCACCUCCUGCAACCACGUCUACGAACAACUUCUUCCUGUAAACAGCUGGGGGAAAGAAUUCAUCAUUGCACCCCUGCCUUAUCGUGACAUCUUCUCCUCUUCAUAUGACAGUGUUUUCGUCCAAGCAUCUCAGCGCACCAACAUAACUGUGCAUUUUGAUGGAAAGGUCCAGAAAUACUCUAUGUUUGGUGGACAAUUUCUUGAGCUCUACUCUUACUGGCCACAUGCUAUGUAUUUGACGUCUGACAAGGGUAUCCAGGUCCUGUUUGAAUUCAACGGGGGUCCUGAUGGUGAACUAGAAUAUGUUGAUCCCUUCCUGAUGACUAUACUGCCCACAAGUCAUUUUAGCACUUCCUACUCCCUGGAGGGACAGGGUGAUUUCUACAACAAUAUCAUAGUUGUGGCUCGGAACAAAGACCUGAAUGGCAUCAAAAUUGACCCCAAGCCCCGGUCUGUUAACUUCAACUGGCAAAAAAUAGAUGGGACCGAUUUCUCCUGGGCUGAGAUGUACUAUAGUACUGGGGCAUCUUCCAACCAGAUAUCUCACCCCACGUCUCCAUUUGGAGUCUACAGUUUUGGUGUUGCUUAUGCUAAUGGUUAUGGAUCUCCUGCAGCUGCUGACCCAGCAGGUAGGUUUGAGAACUGCAGUAUAAUCACACAACAUAAUGUCAUAGUGUCAAGUGUACACACUGUAUCCUCAUACAAAUUAGCACCCACCAAAUUAGUGCCCCUGCUGGUUAGGUUAGGUUAA